UGCUGUUGCUGCUGCUGCUGCUGCGGGGCGCGAGUCGAAGCCGCCCGCUUGUUCUCAAUCAGCCAACAGCAGCAGUGCUCGAGUGCCGGAGUAUGAUCGCUGCCCGGACAGCAUAGAUGUGCAGAACCCCUGGAAUAUCCGAGCGCCGGAGACACCAGAAGCGACCACCGUGGAGGACUGUCUUUAUUUAGGCUUCACAAGGGAAGGAGCCACGGCGAAAGCAUGGCGGUAGAAGAGGAAGGUCUGCGAGUUUUCCAGAGCGUUAAAAUAAAAAUAGGAGAAGCAAAGAACAUCCCUCCGUACCCAGGGCCCAACAGGAUGCGGGACUGUUACUGCACCGUCAACCUGGACCAGGAGGAGGUUUUCAGGACCAAGAUCAUUGAGAAGUCUUUGUGUCCCUUCUAUGGGGAAGACUUCUACUGUGAGAUCCCUCGUAGCUUCAGACACCUCUCCUUCUACAUCUUCGACAGGGACGUCUUCAGGAGGGAUUCCAGCAUCGGUAAAGUUGCGGUGAAGAAAGAGGACCUGCAGAAGUACCACGGCAAAGACACGUGGUUCCAGCUGCAGCCCGUCAGCGCUGACUCAGAGGUGCAGGGAAAGGUGCACCUGGAGCUGCGUCUGAGCGAAGUCAUCACAGACAGCGGAGUCAUCAGCCAUAAAUUAGCCACACGGGUGCUGGAGUGCCAAGGUCUUCCCAUCGUUAACGGCCAGUGUGAUCCCUACGCCGCUGUCUCCUUACUGGGCCCUUCAAGGUCAGAUGCAAAGAAGACCAAGGUGAAGAGGAAAACCAACAAUCCGCAGUUCGAUGAGGUUUUCUAUUUUGAGGUGACGCGGCCUUUAAGCUACACUAAGCGUCAGUUUGAUGUGGAAGAAGAGGAUGUGGACAAGCUGGCGCUGAGGGUGGACCUGUGGAACGCCAGCAACCUGAAGUUCGGGGACGAGUUCCUGGGAGGCGUGCGUGUUCCUCUCCGGGCCCUCGGUCAGGCCGGGGUCCAUGACGCGUGGUACUUCCUCCAGCCGCGGGAGAACGGAGGCAAGUCGGUGAAGGUGGAGGAGCUGGGUUCGCUCCGCCUGAACAUCGUUUACACCGAGGACCACGUCUUCCCCUCCGAGCACUACACGCCCCUCAGGGACCUGCUGCUGCAUUCUGCCAACGUGGAGCCCGUGUCGGCGUCCGCGGCCCACAUCCUGGGGGAGGUGUGUCGAGAGAAGCAGGAGGCCGCCAUUCCCCUCGUGCGCCUCUUCCUCCACUACGGCAAGAUCGUGCCUUUCAUCAGCGCCAUCGCUCACGCUGAGGUCAACCGCACACAGGAUCCUAACACCAUUUUCCGGGGUAAUUCGCUGACGUCUAAGUGUAUUGAUGAGACCAUGAAACUGGCAGGAAUGCACUACCUGCAGGUCACACUCAAGCCGAUCAUAGACGAGAUUUGCACAGAACACAAACCCUGUGAAAUCGACCCAGUCAAACUUAAAGAGUCGGAGAACCUGGACACGAACAGGGAAAACCUGCGACAGUACGUCGACCGGAUCUUUGACGUCAUUACCACCUCUGGCGUUCGCUGCCCCACCGUCAUGUGUGACAUCUUCUUCUCUCUCAGAGAGUCUGCUGCCACCCGUUUCCAAGUCGACCAAGACGUCAGAUACACUGCGGUGAGCAGCUUCAUCUUCCUGCGUUUCUUCGCUCCAGCCAUUCUCUCCCCCAACCUGUUCCAUCUACGGCCACACCAUCCGGACCCUGCCACCUCACGAACCCUCACCCUCAUCUCAAAGACCAUCCAGACUCUGGGAAGUCUGGCAAAGUCUAAAUCUGCCAAUUUCAAAGAGUCUUACAUGGCUGCAUUUUACGACUACUUCAAUGAACAGAAGUAUGCGGACGCUGUGAAGAAUUUCCUGGACCUGAUCUCCACCUCUGGAAAGUGGGACCAGAGGAGUAUUGAAACGCCAAUCAUGCUAAAAGAGGGGUUCAUGAUAAAGAGAGCACAGGGGAGAAACCGGUUCGGUAUGAAGAACUUCAAGAAGAGAUGGUUCCGCCUCACCAACCACGAGUUUACGUACCACAAAACAAAAGGUGAGGGCGCUCUGUGCAGCAUUCCCAUAGAAAACAUCCUGGCCGUGGAGCGGCUGGAGGAGGAGUCUUUCAAGAUGAAGAACAUGUUCCAGGUCAUCCAGCCGGAGCGGGCGCUCUACAUCCAGGCCAACAACUGCGUGGAGGCGCGCGACUGGAUCGACAUCCUGACCAAAGUCAGCCAGUGCAACCGCAAGCGCCUGAGCACCUACCACCCGUCAGCCUACCUCAACGGCCACUGGCUCUGCUGCAGGCUGUCGGCGGACACGGCGCCUGGCUGCACGCCCUGCACCGGCGGCCUCCCGGCCAACAUUCAGCUGGAUGUGGACGGAGACCGAGAGACCGAGAGGAUCUACUCCCUGUUCAGCACAUACAUGAGUAAACUGAUCAAGAUGCAAGAGGCCUGUGGCAGUAAGUCUGUGUACGACGGGCCUGAACAGGAGGAGUACUCCAGCUUCGUCAUCGACGACCCGCAGGAAACCUACAAGACCCUGAAGCUGGUCGUUUCCGCCGUGCAGACUCUGGAGCAGCAGCACACCAAGUACAAGCGGGACAAGUUCAAGAAGACCAAGAUAGGCAGCCAGGAGCACCCCAUUGGAGACAAGACUUUCCAGUGUUACAUCCGGCAGCAGUCUGAGAGCUCCACCUACUCCAUCUAAAUGAUCUGUGAUGCCCGGGACCAGCGACUGCUUUGUUUGGAGUUUUUAAUCCUUUUUUUAAACUAGGAGAAAAGAGUCAAGUAAGGUGAGAUCAUAUCACUUGUUUCCAAAGAUUUGUCGAAGACAAACCAGAUGCGACCUGGAAACGAUUAUCCGCUACGUUACUGGUUUCUUCUGUUUUAAGAAAAAAAAACGUUUUUUAAGGCUCACUCCAACUGAGCUGGUUCUGUAGACGGCACCACUCCAAACAGACCUCACAUCAGUGACGAUAAAGAAGAGGACACGAAUGGGGAGGACGACGAUGUCGUACGUCCCUGGGUCUCCUUUAUAUGAUGUGAUGAGAGAAUAAACUUCUUCACUGGACGUUUUUGACAGUGACCAACACGCACUUUAACCGUCUCCAUACGUGAGGAUGAACGCGCCUCACAGCACACUUUCAGAUUUGAGUUGGCUUAUUUUGAUGGGUAUUGAAAUGCUCUGUUGUAUUUCACGCCUGACAGACCAAACCUAAGAAGGAGAGAUGGGCUGUUGUGGGUCCUCGUGUUCGUAUCUUUUCAUUUUUUGGCCCUGACCUCCUCAGGAAGGCUGUGAGGAACACAAGAAGGGAUUGUUGGGACCAAGCACAGCCGAGAGCCGUGGUGCUAUGCUGUGAUCUCACCUACCAGAGCUCACUCUGGACUGUUUUUUUUUUUUUUAAAUCUUUAUCAUAAAUCAAACAGAUGUAUGCGUUCCACUUUUCACAUAUCAUUGGAAGCUUUGUUCUUUUGGUUGUAUAUCAUGCUCCCCGUGUGACCAGCGAAAUAGCUUUUACCACUAACACUGAGUCAAACAAACUUGAGAAAGUCACAUCAUUUGGAUGCUGUUGAAUAGUUUCUUGAUUUUAUGAAUCACGUGUUGUUUCUUCUAACUAAAGACACACAGGACCAACAUCUGUGCCAAUGAUCUGAACUCUGAACAAAGUUUAUUCACUUUUUGUAUAUUCAAAUACAUCGAGGUGAUAGUUAUCAGAAAUUGGGAAUACCUCAGUGUAGAGCAGUCCAGUACUAUGACCUCAAAACCUAUAAUUAAGUUAAAUGUCUAAAAACAGUUAAACAACAAAAAAGUAGAAUUUAAGGUGAGAAGACGUGCCGCACAUGUUUUUUUCACUUAGUUUGUAAAAUAAUUAAAGCCAAACAGUUCUUUCAAUAA